UUUCAUCCAGGCAUCUCGAGGUGCUCAACCUUUCUACCAAACCAAUGGAGCUGACCUUCGAGGUCAUUUCUAACCCCAUACCACGUGACUGGGGUGUAUGGCUUACACGACUAACUACUAAUAGCAGUGAAGCUGCUAACGUGAAUAUUAAGCCGAUGACGAAUUUCACCUGUAAGGUUGAUGUACAGACCCGCUACCUGUCCAGGUGUGUGCUGACGAUCUUCAUCAUUCCCUCUGAUAUACCAGCUGGAUCCCUCAAGGUGCAGAUUAUCAAUGAAGUCGGCGAUGAAAACUUCACUGUUGAGAUCAGGCAUGUCGACUUGUUAUCAGUCGACGACCCUAAGGGUUCACGCACCAACAUGGCGGCUGUCGCUGGUGGAGUUAUUGGUGUCAUCCUUUUCAUCUCAGCUGUCGUAAUUAUUGUUGUCGUCAUCAAGCGAAGGAAAAAAGGAAAAGCGCCCUUCAUUAUUCGAGGUUUGGGGGAUGGAUGGUGUAGGACGUCUGCGUCCACUCGCUCUAGUGGUACUGAGGUGAAUAAGGACAGGUGGACAAACCAGGAUGGCCUGACUUACAUGUCACUCAGGUUUGACAACAGGCGACAGUUUCCAGCACCCAAACACGAAGCUACAGAGUAUAGCACAAUCAAGCAAGUUUACUCUACCUGACGGAGGAAGUUGCUAACUCUCACUCUAUCUAAGAAAGUAGCAGGAGAUUUUUAAUUCAAAACAGACUUGCCACUGAUUGAUGAGAUUUUGUUAAAUAUAAUUCACUCAUUCUGUAAACCUUU